AUGGAGGAAGGAAAGAAAGAAAUCAACCUAGAUUCCGUACUAGAAAGCCUUGGGCCUUAUGGACGGUAUAACUUAUUAAAUUUCGUACUAUUACUGUAUCCAAUACUGCUCAGUAGCUUCUUUGAGUGCGGGUUCAUUUUUGAAGCUCAGGAGCAAAUGUACAGGUGUGAAGUAUACGGUUGUGAACAGAGGUUCAAUGACACGUCUUGGAUACAAUACGCCAUACCUACAGACGUUAAGAAUAAUAAGCUGGAGAGCUGCCUAAGAUUUGCUCCGGUCAGUAACACCAGUAUGCAGUGUCUACCUGAAGAUUUCUCCACAAAUAAAACACUGCCUUGUGAAACAUUCGUGUACGAAGAAGGGCGCUCGUUUGUAAAAGAGUUCAAUUUGGGUUGUCAAGAAUGGAAGAGAGCAUUGGUUGGGACUAUACACAAUUCUGGAAUGUUCUUAGCCAUGCUGUUCACUGGCGCUAUCUCAGAUAGAUUUGGACGGAAAGUGGCAGUGGGUUUCGCGUCAUGUGCCAGCUUGAUAUUUGGUUUUUCCAGAGCAUUUGCACCGAAUUAUUUAAGUUAUGUGGCGUUACAUUUCUUAGAGGCUGGCUUGGGUGGUGGACUGUACCCUUCCGCAUAUGUUUUUAUUGUCGAAUUAGUUGGGCUGAAACAGCGCGUCAUAGUCUCCGCCAUGUGCAACAUGACUUUCGUCAUUGGUGUUGUAUUAAUAGCCUUACUUGCAUGGGUCGUGGACAACUGGCGGACAUACAUCCUAAUUCUAUAUUGUCCUGCGAUCAUCGUUGUCAUAUACAUAUGGUUCACGAACGAAAGCGCCAGAUGGUUAUUAAGCAAAGGCAGGAGAGAUGAAGCUAUAAGAGUAUUAAAAAGAGCAGCAAAAAUUAACAAUCUUGAUGAACGGAACCUGGAGUUAGAAGCAUUGGGCGAUCCAUUGUUGAAGCCGAAGAAUCAGACGGAAGACAAAAAGUCGCAGUUCUCGAAAGCGUUGCGUUCGAGUAUAAUUUGGAAGAGGUUGCUGAUAUGUUCAUUCCUUUGGUUGACAUGCUCUCUAGUUUAUUAUGGACUGUCGAUAAAUUCCGUGUCUUUGAGCAGUCAUAGAUACGUGAGCUUUAUGCUUGUGGUGCUGGUGGAGAUACCAGCGUACAUUGUGGUGGUUAUCGUGCUGGAUAAAUACGGAAGGAAGAAGACGUUAGUGGCCACUUACUUGACGUGUGCGCUGACGAGUUUGCUGUUCGCAUUCUUACCAAGAUCGGACUGGUGGUCCAUACCCCUAUACCUGAUUGGCAAGUGGAGCGUCACGCUGGCGUACAGCUCUGUAUACAUCUACGUGUCUGAAGUGUUCCCGACCAACAUGCGGCAGACCUUGAUCAGUUUCUGCUCCACUGCGGGCAGAAUUGGCUCUCUGAUGGCCCCAGUGACACCCUUAUUGUCUUACUACCAUAAAUCUAUGCCGACUGUGAUAUUCGGCGCGAUGUGCCUCAUAUCUAGUGCAUUGGUGCUCCUACUGCCGGAGACCAGGAACAUGAGGCUGCCUGAUACAAUCGAAGAGGCCGAGGAGUUGUCUCGAAUGAAACGGAAACCGUCCAGGAAUGGCCACUUGUGAGAAUUGUAGAGUUCAGCCCUUCUCUAUUGACAUAUUGCAGCUUUAUGUAUCGUGAGUUAAUUUCUAAGAGUGCAUAAGUUAAAGUUAAAAGUCUACUUAACAGGAAAGCAAUCACUGUGUUGUAUUCCAACUUUGUCUCCACUUUUCCGGGUACAGCUGUAUUAGAAAAAAAAACAAAAAAAAGAAAGCGUGUAAUAUUCAAUAUGAAUAUUAGAGAUCGUCCAUUAAACACAUAAGGCACAAAAACCGAAAAAUGGCGUAUAGUGUGACCUUAAGUUUUGUAGUAAAAAAAAUUUGAUUAUACUUUAUACCUACAUUUAAAGAUAAUAUACAAAAAAAAUUAAGAUGAUUUGUAGUUACUAAAAAUGCACGUGAUUUUUUGGUUCUUAAAAUAUGCUACAAGUCACAUCAGUCAGUCAGUUAUUGGUCGGCCCUUUAAUUUUGUUUUAUUAUAAUAAAUCAAUCCGAACCCUAAUUGGUUGUGUUAGAGUCCAGUAAAUUCUUUUGUGGACCGCACUUUUUUUUAUUUGUCUAAUAUUAAUUCUGCAACUGUUACACGCAACCUUGACUUUCAUGAAGUUAAUGAACUUUACUCAGUGAGUGAAUAAAUGCAUAUAAGUA